AUGAUUGGUGAUUAUUACAUCACGGUAAGACCGUGGCGGCGUAACUUUAAUCCACAGUGGGCUGAAGUAGCGACGACAAUGAUCUGGGCGCGCCUGCCGGGGCUCCUGAGGGAAUUUAUAAAUAAAGAGGCAGUCGAGCGCAUUGCCGGGAAGAUUGGACGCCCAGUUCGGGUCGACAAUGCAACAGAAACUGGAGAUCGAGGAAAAUUUGCGAGGGUUAGUGUGGAGGUGGAUCUCACAAAACCCUUGCUGUCGCAAUACAAGAUCGAAGGGAUUACAUACUACAUUGAGUACGAAGGGCUCUUCCGCAUCUGUACCGAAUGCGGGAAGUAUGGUCAUGUGAAAACAACGUGCCCAACACUGGCAAAAAAACCCGCAUCGCCUCAGCCUGAAUCGCACUGCCCAAAGGAAGAUAGCACCACACAAAACCUCUACGGGGAGUGGAUGACGGUUCAGCCUCGGGGCAGGAACGGGAAGAGAGGAAGAGGAGUUCUGGCGGGCCCUAUGGAUGGUGGGGGCCAUGGAAACAUAUCGGGGCAAAAUGAGAACCAUGCAACAGGAUCCCGUUUUGAGGUGUUGGAGGAAGAGCCCAUGCAUGACGUGAUCAACCCCCAUGCAAACCCUUCCAACCUUGAAAUAAAUGUCAAUGAGGAUGGUGGAAUGAUUACAGACCAGAUGGUCACAGAGAUGCCAAAUGAAGAGACCAGUGUGAGGUCCAAUCCCGUGAACACGGGAGACUCGGGGAAGAAGCAACCCGCAGAGGCCCUGGGACACCAAAACAAGGCAGUUGAGAACAUACUAGGGCCGCGGGAAGAAAUUGGAAAGGAACGAAGAGAAGACUCCGUCGCGGCACACGAAUCUCCGAAGGGGAGCUCUGGCCCGGCUGAGGCCAUGCCCAAACCUCAUAACGGCAAAGAGGUUACGAAGCAGCUGGGAGCAACUAAUGGGAGCCAUGGGCCCUCGCGGAAACAGGAGAAGGCCUCGGUCUCAAAAGUGAAACAACCGAACACUAGUGGAAAGUCGAGAGAUGGAAAAAAUGGUGCGGGGAACCGAUCCCCUUCCGGCAAUAGAUGA